AUGCAUGAUUUAAUGCAUGAUGUAGCUGAAUCAGUAGCAGGGAUGGAGAGUAGUAUUGUAGAUUCAAAUAAAAUUGCAAGUGAUGUUGGUGAAAAAUGUCGCCACAUAUCAAUUAAACCUUCAUUAAUUCCUUUGUUUAAGGGAAAGAAGUUGCGAACCUUGUUACAUUUUCAUGACAACAUAGAUAGAGAAUUGAGUGAUGAUUUCAGCUAUGAAACUUGGGAUUUGAUAAUUGCAAAUUGUAGAUGCUUGCGUGUAUUGAAAUUGACUAAUUUGUUAGAUAUUCAGAUGAUUUCACCCUCCAUUUACAAGUUGAAACAUUUGAGGUACCUUGACCUUUCUUGGAAUGACAAUAUUAAGAUUCUCCCAAAGAGUAUUUGCAAGAUUCAGAAUUUGCUAGCGCUGAAACUUGACAGAUGUUAUAGGCUUAAAGAAUUGCCAAAGAAGAUUGAAAAAUUGGUGAAUCUUACCCAUCUUGGGUGUAAAGAUUGUUGGGAUUUAACUCAUAUGCCACGUGGAAUAGGGAAGCUGACUUCACUUGAGAAGUUAAGCAUGUUUGUAGUGGAUAAAGAUGGGUCCCAUGGCGGUGCAGAUCUAAGUGAAUUGAGACUGCUUAACAACUUAAGGGGACAUCUACAAAUAACAAAUUUGGGAUUCGUAAAAAAUGCAAAAGAGAAGUUUAAGGCUGCUAAUUUGAAAGAGAAGCAACAUUUGAGAUCGUUGCUUUUAGAAUGGAAAUUUGAUUCUGAUGAUGAUUAUGAUGAUGAUGAUUAUGAUGAUGAUGAGAAGUCACUUGAAAACCUCCAGCCCCAUUCUAAUCUCAAGGAGCUCUGUAUUCAAGGAUGGAGGGGUGAUGCUGAGUUUCCAAGUUGGCUUCCUUUGCUCAGAAAUCUUGUCAAAAUUUUAUUAAGUGGUGAUAAUUUCAAAUAUUUACCGUCCUUUGCUCAAUUGCCCUGUCUUGAACGGCUGGAUAUUAGGUUUUGUACUAUGCUGAGGUACAUGGAUGAUAAUAGUCUAAAAGGAAGUCAAGGAGAACCACAAUCAUUCUUCCCAGCACUUAAGCAUCUUUCGCUCUGGGACUGUCCGAAUAUGAAGAGUUGGUGGAGGACGACAAAACCAAUCGAUGAUGAUUCCAACGAGGACGACACAACAGUUAUGGGAACAUCAACCAUGGCAUUUCCUUGUCUUUCCUCUUUAACAAUUCAAAAUUGCCCUUUGACUUUGAUGCCACUGUAUCCAUCACUCGAUGAUAAGCUAGAGUUGAGGAAUACCAGUUCAAGGCCGUUAAAGCAGACUAUCAAGAUGAACAUCAAUGCUAAGGCCCCAUCAACUUCAACCUCUUCUCUUCCACUCUCCAAAUUGAAAUCUUUCGAUGUACACAACAUUGAGGGGUUGUACACUCACACGCUAGAUGAGUGCCUGCAACAUCUCACCAGCCUCAAUAGAUUAACAAUAGGAGAUUGCAAGGAGGUUGAUUUAGAGGGCAUGCAAUGGGAACCCCUUAAGAAUCUCUCUCAUUUGGAGAUUGAUAAUAUUCCAAAGCUGGUGUCUCUCUCCAUUUGGCUUCAACAUCUUGUUCAAUUGCAAACAUUAAAAAUUCAUAACUGCAAUGGAUUGAGGUCACUGCUUCCUGUGUUCCAACAUCUCACUUUCCUUGAAGAGUUCGAAGUAAAGGACUGCAAGAAGCUGGAGUUAUCUGGAGCUGGCAUCCAAAUAUUCCAAGAUCAUACAAGCCUACGCUCUCUACGGCUGGAACAUAUUCCAAAGUGUCGGCAUCUUCCGAAGUGGCUUCAACAUCUAACAAAUCUGCAAGGGCUUUAUCUCGUUAAUUUGCCCAAUUUAACAUCUCUUCCGGACGAGAUGCGUUGCCUAACCAAAUUGCAAAUUUUAUACAUAAAUGGAAUUCCUCAGUUGGAGGAAAGAUGUCGGAAGGACAUUGGUGCUGAUUGGCAUAAGAUUGCUCACAUCCCCCACAUUUGGUAGUAAGAGAAAGGCAUUGGAGAAAGGCAUUAGUGAACUUCAAUCAUUUUAUAUGCAUAAAAAGAGGUUCAUUGAUGCUUUUGGAAGAGUCGUUGUUCAAGCAUGACAAUUGCCAGACAUACUGCAUUUGAAAAUUUAUUAUUUCACCUUACAUGGAGCUUAUUAAGAGCUUGAUUCAUAGUAGGAAAACCAUCUGAGCGUUGAAUGUGAAUUUUCACUUGCAUAGCUAAAAUGAGUUGGGAGAGAAUUUACUUAAUUGUACAAAAGUGAGAUUGCAUCAAGUGUUUGAGGGGUUAAGCUUAAAUCAUUUCUUUGUACUAUGAAGUUCAUAGUGGAUUUAUCUUUGGGCAAAGCCCCGUAGACGUAGGACAAGUUCCGAACUGCGUAAACAUCUUAAUUGUGUUCUUUAUUUUCCUUGUUGCAUAAUAUGUACCAACUCAGGAAAAAACACAUUUUAAAUGUUCCAAACAGUAUUCAAAUGCAGGGAUGCACAAUUGAUUAUGAGACAAUAAUUGUUUUAGACGGUA